GUGUAGCAUCCCUCAGACAAGGUCGUGCACUUUCGCCUUUCACCAUGACAAACAAGCAAAAAAGUCGCGUGGGUGAGCCGCGGAAGCAGUCAUUGUAUCCCAGUCUCCCCACUAGGACGGAGACGCGGACACGGCUUGAAAUCGCAGUCAUUUAUUGUUGACAGAUAGUAGGAUGGCAGGUUCGCACGUGUUCGCUAUAACGGGUGACUUCAGGCGCUCGAUUGAAAACGGCACCGCAAGCGCGCGAGAAUAUUUCGCCAGGUAAAUAGGGGCACGAGACGAGCUCGCGCCAGAUGCGCGAGAAUGAAUUCCGCGGCGAGUGUUUGAGCGUUUCUUCGUAAUGACCGCAUUUAUCCAGCUGAGUUUAUUAACAGAGCGACAGACUGCAAGGCAACAUCAACAACACUCGCAAUAAAACAGCAUUUGUUACCGAGCAGCAUGUUAAAAUCGGACGAUUUGAGUCGCGCGCUGAGGUCUCGUGAAGUCUUCAGCGAAGACGAGACAGAGGCGGAGGCGAGUCCGUUAACGGAGGACUUGGGCAGCGAUUAAGACUCUGGGACCUUCCGUCAUUUGACCGGGCAUCCUUCUCCUUUAAAUAAUCAUCACAGACUCGCAGAGCGGCAAGACCAGAAUAAUGAGGGAAAAGGAAAGAUGGACAGAAGUAGAGGAAACAGGACAAGUGCCCCUCAGACAAACAACCUUUAACUCGGCCUUUAAAAAUAGAAUAUGAGCCCCGUUGGUCAAAAACUCAUGGGGUGACAGAAAUGGCUUCUCAGAGUCUGUGAGCUGUGCAGUGUGGGACGCUGUCUGCCCCGUUGUCAUCAGACGUCAUGAGCUGGAGCUUCCUGACGCGUCUGCUGGAGGAGAUCCAGCACCACUCCACGUCGGUGGGGAAACUCUGGCUCACUGCGCUAGUUGUCUUCCGCAUCGUACUGACUGCGGUGGGCGGCGAGUCCAUAUACUACGAUGAGCAGAGCAAGUUUGUCUGCAACUCAGGCCAACCCGGAUGUGAGAAUGUCUGCUACGAUGCCUUCGCGCCGCUCUCACACGUGCGAUUCUGGGUCUUUCAAAUCAUCCUGUCCGCCAUGCCCUCUCUGCUCUAUAUGGGCUACGCGGCCAAUAAGAUCUCCCACAGCGAGGAAUUGAGGGGCGGUGCGGGGGCCGGGGCUCCAGCCGCAAGCGACUCAGCGGGGGGCGGAUACACUCAGCGCAGACCGAGAAAGAUGUAUUUUGGUGCUCGUCAGCAUCGGCCAGGACACGAGGAUGGGGAAGAGGAACGCGAGGACGACCCCAUGAUCUACGAAGUGCCUGAGAUAGACAACACACGUCGUGAGCUGGUGCCACCGCGUCCCAAACCCAAAGCGCGCCACGAUGGGCGCCGGCGAAUACGAGACGAUGGUCUGAUGCGAGUGUAUGUGUUACAGCUGCUAACACGCUCCGCAUUGGAGGCGGGGUUUCUGGCGGGACAGUACCUGUUAUAUGGCUUUCGAGUUCAACCGAUCUUUGUAUGCUCGAAUAAACCCUGCCCGCACCAUGUGGACUGCUUCAUCUCACGCCCCACCGAAAAAACCAUCUUCCUCCGAAUCAUGUACGGUGUCAGCUGCCUUUGCCUGCUGCUAAACCUGUGGGAAAUGAUUCACCUCGGAGUGGGAACUAUCCGUGAUGCAUUGCGCAAACGAACGGAAUCAGCCACCGAUGAUGAGUACCAGCUCGGCUUGCUUGCGGCGGGUGGCGUGUCCGUCGGUGUUGGUGGGCCUUCGCUCGGCGAAGGGGAACCAGGAGGUGGAGUUGGGGGCGGCGUGCGAGAAGCAGACUAUGUUGGUUAUCCCUUCUCCUGGAAUACUCCAUCUGCGCCGCCAGGGUAUAACAUCGUGGUGAAGCCCGAGACGAUGCCGUACACAGACCUGAGCAACACCAAGAUGGCGUGCAAGCAAAACCGUGCCAACAUCGCCCAGGAGGAGCAGCAGCAGUACGGCUCCAAUGAGGACAACUUCCCGUCUGCAGGUGAGGCGAGACCGCCUCCCAUCAACAAAGAUGUGAUACAAUUAGAGGCAGCGAUUCAAGCCUAUACCUUGCAGCACCAUGCUAGCAAUAACCACGACGAGAUGAACGACACCAAUGACAUCGACGAGAAGCCUCAAAGCAACAUCUCCACUGCACCACAGAAAGAGCGAAAGCAACGGUCCAAGCAUGGAAAAUCUGGGAGCGCUGGGAGCAGCAGCAGCAGCAAGUCCGGAGAAGGCAAACCAUCUGUCUGGAUCUGACAUUUGCACACACACAUGAACAUUACACUCAGUGGUGCACACUAUCAUCUGUUUCUGCAAGUUUUUAAGACACUAAAUAUUGUGUGCAUCCCACAGAUUACAAAGACUGCAAACACGCGAUUCGAAAAAUGCUGUAUAUCUUUUUGAAGUGCUUUCGGUGCCUUAAAGAAACUCCAUGAAUGAGAUGGAUUUUUUUUCGUACACUUUCUUGAUCUUCCUAAAAUAAUCUUGUGCUCUCAAGACUAUGUCGAGCUCUAAGAACAUUCCCUCAUAAUCCAGAAAAACCCAUCCGUUUUAAAGUUCGGAACUAUUCAGUGAGUUGAGAAAGUCUUCCUAUCGGAUUUUUCCGUAAGAGUGAUGACGCUACAAUCCGAUUCCAAACCAGCUGUCUUCCUUUUGCCAGUGUUAAACAAUAACUUUUGCAUCACGAUGCCAAGCUAUAACAAUGCAAUGACACACCAAUGCUGUGGUGGUACACUGUGGUCUUCGAGACCCAACAAACAGUCCUGUGAAAUAAGCUGUAAAUCUACAUUUACAAACACAUCCAGUGCAAAUGUUUUCAUAGCUAUGGGUGUUUGAGGAAGCAGUGCAAUGUCUUUCAGUUCUAGAGAUUCUCUUAGUUUUGAGAUCUCUGUUGUAUUUCUAGCCACCAAGACUUGGGAUAUUCCAUUGAUGGAUCCACUGUCCUACUCUGUUCUUGUACUAUCCCCUGCUGGUGAAGAAAGCAUUUGCAGUCUAGUCUUAUUAGCCAUAUAAAUAUAUACAGGGUCCCCACGGUCCUGGAAAUAACAUUGAAUUUUAAAAAUGUUAUUUCCAGACCUGAAAAAAAGAGGAAAUUAAUUUAAAAAUUAAAAGAAAGUAAAUUAAUUUCAGUGCUCAGUUUUCUUGGUUGUUUCUUUAGAUAGAAAUUACUCUUUGUGAGUUCAGUCAUUAUGAAAUUAUUUUUAAAAUUCUUUAUCCAGUAACUGAGUGGUGAAUAAGUCGAGGGAAAUAUCAUGGAAAUUCAUUGCUCAUAAAGUGUGGAAAUCCUGUACUUUUUAGGUGCAUAUGAAACUAUUUUACAUACAGAUUGACUUGUCUGAAAGUCACUGUGUAUUGUUGGUAUUGCUCUUAUGAUCCUGUUUUUAUAGGAACAUCCUCUGGCUCUAACAGACUUGAUAUAGCCAAUCCAAGUAGCAGGUCUAACUUGGUUCAAAUGGAGGUUGAAAGUUUAACAGUGACACACUUCAGAUCAUGCAAUGUAGAUAUCUAAGGUACACACAAACAUAUUCAUACACACUGUGUGAAGAGUCUUCCAUUCUCUCUUACUGCCACAUUCCAACUUGUGAGACUUUUGCCUUUAUGUAGGAUGUUUCAAUUUGUGACAAUUGCCAUGGGAGACCAAAUACUGUUUGUCACAAAGACAUCGAGCUACUAUGCAGUCAUGCGGACUGAGGAAAACACGCCAUAGAACACCAUUGUGUGUGCCUGCGUGUGUGCGCUUGCGUGCAGCUGAGGACGAGGCAGCGGGGAGUGAUUGCAUGAGUGCAUGUGACUAGUAUUUGAUUAAUGAAUUAAAGAAAAGAAAAAACCCUUUACAUAUCAGCAUUUCAGCAGUGUUUAUUGAUGCUGAAGAUUGUGGCAUUAGAUUUGUGGUUUCUAAGCGAGACUUGACUUGUUUGUAUUUUUAAACAUCGAUUUGGUUUCUUUUUUUAUUAGCUUUUUUAAUACAUGGAAUUCUAUUCAACAGUGCCCGUAUGAUUUGAUUAUUACAAAAUAGUUUUUUUAGGAUUUUUUAGGAUUUUGUUGCCUUUAAUCGUAGUAAAAACAAACUGUGAUGUGUUUGUAGUCAAUCAGUGCAGAUAUGUUUGCCAGUGUGCUCAGUGAAUCCUUUUUUCCUAGUCAUGAUCAAAUAGGAUUUUGCAUGCGAGGGAAAAUAGGAAUGUUUUAGGGCAAUUUCCAGUGGAAAACUCUAAACAAAAAGGAUUCUGCAAUGUAACUACUUUGACCUUUUCUGUGUGGAUGUGUGUUGGAGUUUCUAACAGCUGUACAUUGGAGUGCUCCAGAUGGAGUGAGUAUAAGAGACCCCUCUGCCCCACAUCUGAGCACCACUGUGCGUGUUUACGUUUAAUGUGUGACGUUUGCGGAGUCGGGGUUAGCCGAGGCGAUCCUCAAGAAAAACCUCUCUUAUACUUUUGUCAGCUGUCUGAGAAAGAAACUGAAGUAGUAAGCUACUUUACUUCAGAGUUUGACACAUCGCUUUGAAAGCAAGCCUUCUCAGCAGGUCACAAUGAAGUCUGGUGCCAUUCUUACUGAUGAGCGUGUGUGAAUGUGGAAGCAUGCGUUUCUAUUUAUUGCCCUUUCCUGGUUAUCAUCAAGCCACUAAUGUGUUUGAUAAGACCUUUGUUUGUCCUGACUGGUAUGUGUUUCUAUAAAUGUUGUCACUGUGUUUGAAAAACGAGGGAGAAAAAAAAUUCUUUUAAUGUGCCAAGCUGGAUUGUCCAGCGAUGUACAAUUAUUUCCAAUUUUGGAGAACCCUCUCUUUGGAUUUGAAAAUGCAUGUUCAGAGCUAUUUUGUUAAUAAAAUGAGAUAAAUGGCAAUGCUGUGUGUCAGAGAGAGAAUAUGUGCAUUUGGCAUUUAAAGGACCCUGUAUCGAUUGUCUCUUUGUUCGUCAAAUGAGUGAUUUUGAUGGUUUGUGAAGGGGUCAGCCUAUUAUUCAUCUCUAUUUUUGACAGAUGAUGUGUUUGUGCGAGAAACGCGGGGGCGAGCCACGUUUGUCGCUCUUACUCAUGUCCAGAACAUUGCUUCUUGGAAUUGGUCUGAGCAGAUUUACUCUCAGAAUGCAUUCCAUAAGGCAUCAGAUUGGCUCAUGAACCAUAAACAGAUCAUAGGAGAAAAAAAACAGUAGUGUCAAAUGUGGUUCCCAAUGGGAAUGUCUUUCCCUUAAAAGGGUGUAACACAGAUGCGGAAAAACCGGGUCGCUGGGCCAACAUGAGCGGAAUCCCCCGAGUGUGUGCAAAACAGCUUGCAAAACAUUUCAGAAAAUAAAAGUGUAUUCAUUCUCCAAACCGCUUAUCCUCUGUAGGGCCCCGAAAUUGACAGCAAAUUGAUAAAACACAGACAACAGAGCACAAGGGUUAGGAAGAGAGAUAAUAUUAGAAGAAGGGGGCAGAAGGUAUCUCAUCUUCGGCCUAAUUAACACACCAGAUGAACGGAUAUAUGUUUCCCAUAGUUGUAGACAGCGAGUAUCUCCUUGAGUUGGCCUAAACAUCGUAUGACACACAUACAUAAAUUUGUUAGUUUAGUGAAAUUUUCACACAAGAUUUAAUUCAAGGAAAUUAUUUUGGCAAUUUUAGCAACACUGCCCAUGCAGUAUAAAUACACAUAUACACAGUCAUGGCCAAAAAUAUCAGCACCCGUGGUAAAUAUGAUCAAAGAAGGCUGUGAAAAUGAAUCUGCAUUGUUAAUCCUUUUGAUCUUUUAUUAAAAAAAUUCACAAAAAUCUAACCUUUCAUUGGAUAAUAAGAAUUUAAAAUGGGGAGAAAUAUCAUUAUGAAAUAAAUGUUUUUCUCAAAUGCACGUUGGACACAAUUAUUGGCAACCCUAGAAAUUCUUAUGAGUGAAAUAUCUCUGAAGUAUAUUCCCAUUCGUAUUCACAAUUUUGAGCACUCCAGGGUGAUUAUGAACAUGAAAUUAUCCAGCCAUGGCUUCCUGUUUCACAGAAAUAUAAAUAGGAGGGAAAACAAAGCCCAAAUUCCCUUAAUCAUCCAUCACAAUGAGAAAAAACAAAGAAUAUAUUUCUGAUAUGCAGCAAAAGAUAAUUGAGCUUCACAAAUUAGUGAAGUGGCAUUAAGAAAAGAGCUAAAGCAUUGAAAAUUCCCGUUUCCACCAUCAGGGCAAUAAUUAAGAAUUUCCAAUCAACAUCAAAUGAGUUUGAGUGGCUAAAGACUCUCCAAGGACCACAGCUGGAGAAUUGCAGAAAAUAGUUGAGUCCUGGGGUCAGAAAACCUUAAAAAAAAAAAAAAAAAAAAAUUGUCAAACAGCACCUACAUCACCACAUGUUGUUUGGGAGGGUUUCAAGAAAAAUUCUCCUCGCUCAUCCAAAAACAAACUCCAGCAUAUUCAGUUAUCAGACACGACUGGAACUUCAAAUGGGACUGGCUUCUAUGGUCAGAUGAAACUAAAAAAUUAGCUUUUUAGCAGCAAACACUCAAGAUGGGUUUGGUGAACACAGGGAUAAAAAGUACCCCAUGUGUACAAUGAAAUAUACUGCUGUAUUUUUGAUGUUGUGGGCCUAUAUUUCUGCUGGAGGUCCUGGACAUCUUGUUUAGACCCAUGGCAUCAUGGAUUCUAUCAAAUACCAACAGAUAAAAAAAAAAUCAAUAAGUGACUGACUCUGUUAGAAAUCUUAUAAUGGGCCAUGUUUGGAUCAACCGUACAAUAAUCCAAACACAAACCUCAAAAACAACACAAAAAUGGGUCACUGAGCACAAAACCAAGCUUCUGCUGGCUAUUCCAGUCCUCUGACCUGAACCCUGUAGAAAAUGAGUGGUGAACUGAAGAGAAGAAGCACCAUCAUGGAGCUGGGAAUCUAAAGGGUCUGGAGUGAUUCUGGAUGAAGGAAUGGUCUCUGAUCUCUUGUCAGGUGUUCUCUAACCUCAUCAGGCAUUAUAGGAGAACAUUUUGAGCUGUUAAACUGGCAAAUGGAGAUUUUGAGAAGUAUUGAAUAAAAGGGUGCCGUUAAUUGUGGCCAUGACUGUAUAUUUACUAAAUAUAUGCAGCCAACUUGCAUUUGUCCCACAACAGUUUUCCGGCAUUCCUCCUACACCCCAACUCCUCACUCCUAACUAUUCCUAUUCCAGCUUGGGGAUAUGGGGGAGUCCCUUUAAGCCCCUUUAAGGGGUCACAACAACACAGAUUCAAAUAUUAUAGGGAUUGUUCACCCCAAAAUAUUUUUAUUCUGUGGAACACAAAAGAAUUUACAUUUACAUUUAUCAGACGCUUUUAUCCAAAGCGACUUACAUUGCAUUCAAGUUACAGUUUUUACAUUUUAUCAGCUCUUGCUUUCCCUGGGAAUCAAACCCAUGAUCUUGGCGUUGCUAGCGCCAUGCUCUACUAUUUGAGCUACAGGAAAAUUUCACAUUGUGAAAUUUAUAUUUAACAGUUUUAAAAAGUUUAAAAUGUUGAGGCCAUAUACUAAAAGUCAAUGGGGUCCAGUGUUGUGUUGACCCUUUUGACUUUAAUUAUAUGGACAACAGUUCUUCUUUUGUGUUCCACAGAAUAAAGAAAUUCAUACAGGUUUGGAAGAAUGAGGGUGAGUAUAACAGAAAUUUUCAUUUUCAGAUGAACUAUUCCUUUAAAUAGUCAAUUACUUUUGUGUGCAUAGUGUACAUUUACAUGUAUUCAUUUUAUUAUUUGUUAUAUAUAUAUAUAGAGAGAGAGAGAGAGAGUCAAUUAAUCAGCAGCAAACAGUAUCAACAAAACUGCUUGUUUUCAUGAAAAUGUAUAGUUCUUUGUCUAUGGAAUCAAUAUUACACAUUGAAUUGAACUGUGACUCUUACCAUCUCACAAAUCUAUAUUGUGUCUUGCUGUUUGAGAGUAUUGAUUAGUUGAUAGGUGUUCUGCAAAGGCAUCUCAAUGACUUUGUUAUCUGUACAAACCUUUCCAAAAGAAUGGGCUUCCACUCGUUUCUUGUCCGUUCUAGUUUGAUGGUACAGUUUUAUGUAAUAGGGGCCCAUCCGUCAACACCUACUUUUAUUUACACGCAGAGGAAUUUCAGAAGGCACAAAUUGCCAAGCUGUUCUAUUAUCAUAAGCUCCAGUGAGAACAUCUGACCACAAAAAGCCUUUCUACUGGCCAACUCACUGUCAUCAGUCUAUCCCUGAAUGCCUCAGUGUUUAUUCCCCUUCAAAUGGAAAGAGUCAGCAUGAGUUUACCUUGUUUUGAGAGAAGCAAAUUAAAACUGGAUCAAAUGAAUCUAAUAAUUCUGCAGAUGAUUUAAAGGAAUAUUUCACAGAAAAAAAAAAUAUAUAUAUUGUAAUUUACUCAUGUCUAAACUGACAAAUGCGUCAAGGAGAGUUUUCAGUCAACAAGUAUAUUGAAAGUCAAAGG